GGGGAAGUACCAGCGCAGCGUGGGCGUGCAGGUCGGCGGAGGCGAGGAUGCGGGACACGUGUGCGGUGCGUUGGUAGGACGGGGAUGCAGGAGCGCGGUGUUGUGGCGCGAAAAGUCUUUAAACUCUUCUUUGUGUCACAAAGAAACAGCGUGCAGUAGUUUGCGCUGUUUUCCGUGUGUGGUGAGCGCGCACGUGGGUAUGCGCGUGUCCUCUUCAGGAUUCCACAGUGUGUGAGUGAGACAGUCAGUGAGAAAGGGGGGGGCUCUUUCCCUUCCUUAGAGGUUCAGGUAUUUAAUUUGCCACAAAAAGACCGGGGUCUCAAACCAAGUUGAAAAGACAAAGUGUGUCAUUCCGUUGCUUGGAUACUGUUUUUAAAAAAGCAACAGGAGAGACUGUUUCCCAACACACAAAAAGACAACAGACACACAUAAUACAGCGGGUACUCUUCUUCAGCAACCAACUUUCCAGCCUCACAAACUUUCUGAGAAGUAUUUAGUCCUGAUUUCUUCGUCAGUACAGCCGUGAAACACUACAGUUGUAACAGUAACUUCGUGAACGCGCCGCUCCAGCUGUGACCGGGGCCGCCUUUCGCGCUUCCUAUUUACAACGGGCGCGUGCACGACGCUGUUUCGCCAGCCUGGUCCUCGCGAGCUGCUCGGUGGGGCGGGGGGGUCAGAAAGGCAGCCGCACAUGAUGUGCGCAUGCGCAUGGCAGCACCUCUGUGCCCCAUAUUUAGUCCUUAUUAGAAUGUUCUCUCAACAAAACCCGGUCAAGGCCUUUUAGCCCCGUCCCUGUCUGUAGAAAAUGACCACUCUGCUUUCUGGAACUUUCUGAAGUUCACAUGGAGAAGUAAAAGCAAAAGAAUACAGAUGACGCACAGCCUUUGCCCGCAAGGCCCCAGCUGCUGAGGAACGUGCCGGCGUGUUCUGGAUGGAGCGCAGCGGCGAAGGGCUGCGCGGUGAAGUUGCCCCCGUCGUGGAGCUGGCUGUGGACGUUCAACUGAAGUGCGAUGAAUUGAAGGUGGAGUGUGUGACCAUGGAGCGGAGUGGCCCCCCAGCCAAGCAGGAGAGCCUAGACGGAAUCAGCGGAGGAGCUGCUGCUGAGUCGGGAUGCAGUCCGGGGAGGAGUUCUGCAAAUGUGGUGCCCACUGAGAGCCAGCGGCACACGCGUAUUGAUGAGCACAGGGCGUGCGCAGACGCAGAGGGUUGGGCCGGGCCGCCCGACGGGGCCCAGCUGGAGGCUCUGCCGUGCCACUUGCCGAGCCCUCGCUACUUUGUGGAGGUUUCUUCCGAAUCUGGAUCUACAAACGAGGUCAUCGGUUCGGACAGCUCACCGGGAGAAGAGCCACAGGCCGCAUCCGCAGCAGUCGAACUCCGUCCUGACAGUCCCGGGGGGGCCUUCCCUCGUAGCGCCUCUCCAGCCAACAGCGCCGUCCCUCCACACACGUCCAGGAGCCAGCUUGGCGUGGUGUCUUCGGAGCUGCUGAAGCUGCUGAGACCUUGCUCGGUGCGGCUGGUGAACGUGCAGGCGGUGAGGACGAGGCGGCCGCGUGGCAAGUACUCCCAGGUGCCCCGAGAUCUGCAGCCCCACCGGGGUCCCCACACGGGUACGAGGCUCUGCUGCUACACGCACUGCGGCAAUGGCGUGUGGCAGGUGCAACGCAGCCUGUCCCGGCACAAGUGCCUGCUGUGUGAGAAGAGCUUCAAUCGCAGGAAGCUUCUGCGGAGACACGAGCGCUUCCACACGGGCGAGAGGCCGUACUGCUGCUCCCGCUGCCCGAAAAAGUUCGUCCUGCGCAAGAACCUGAGGCGACACGAGAGGUUUCACAGCGGAGAGAAGCCAUACCCGUGCGCCCUCUGCGGAAAGGCUUUCCGACUCAAAGCGAACCUCAGCUCUCACAUGAGGUGUCACACGGGGCAGAAGCCCAUCGUUUGCAAUCUGUGCGAUAAACGUUUUCGAAGCCACAGGAAGUUUGAGAGACACCGGGUGACGCACGCUGUGGCCGGUCUCCUGGCGCAUUGACCUGAGUCCCGCACCGUUUUCUUCACACCGCUGUGCACUCAGGUCUCUCUCUCAAUUCAAAAGCCGUUCUACCUCACUUCAGUGUUUUCACAAGUGUUUUCUGCCCGUCCGCUUCAGCAGGUGUCGGUAAAAACCGGACAUUGGGGUGCACGUGGAGAACCCCACGCGGUUUAUGCCCAGCGCAGGUGACCACAUGGUGUGCGCUGUGACCUCGCUGGCAGCGUUUU